GAGACAGCCAUCUAGCUUCCGGUAACAAAUACUUUUACCGUCAAGAUGCCAGCUCCACGCAAGCUGCUGUACAGCAGCAUUCAUGAUGCGGUGCGUAAUGGUGAUGUGGAUGAGCUGCAGGCCAUGGUGAAGGCAGGAGCCAGCAUUAAUGAAAUUGAAGAAGUCCACAAGUUUACGCCUCUUCACUGGGCAGCUCACUGUGGAGCACUGGAGUGUAUGCACUGGUUGUUGUGGCACGGAGCUGAUACUACAGUGGCGACACCUAGGGGAUGGACACCUGCACACAUUGCCUCCAUCAGAGGUCAGGAUGCAUGUAUGCAGUCUUUGGCCAGCAAUGGGGCUAACCUGAGUGCCCGAGACCAGAGGGGGUGUACCCCCACCCACCUGGCUGCCGCCCAUGGCAACUCCUUCACUCUGCACUCCAUCCUGAGGAGUGGCGUGGAUGUGAAUGCCACAGACAAGAAUGGCUGGACCCCAGUCCACUCAGCCUGCUAUCAUGGCCGUCUGGGCUGUCUACAGCUGCUGGUCAAGUGGGGGGCCUCCACAGAGGAGGUGGACAAUAAUGGAAACACGCCAGCUCAUCUAGCUGCCAUGGAGGGACACCUGCCUGUGUUGAAGUUUCUGGUUUCCCACGGCGCAAGCACUACGCAGGUGAUCAGUGCACGCAACGACCAAGGAGAAACGCCCAAGAUGCUGGCGUCUCAGUUCUACAAGGAACACAUCGUGCAAUAUGUCAGUGAGAUAGAGUGGGAGAGAGACCACCCUGAGGAAGCUGAGAACCUGGCAUUCCCGGCACAUGUAGCUGCCUAUUCUGGAGAUUUGAAUCAUCUUCGUAUGUUGGUGGAGAAUGGUGUCGUUAACAUUAACGAGAGAGAUGAUAAGGGAUCAACACCUGCUCAUAAAGACCCUGAGCGCCGAGCGUUCCUAGAUGAAUACAACAACAUACCCCCUGGUGAGGCCCCAGGCAGUGAGGAAGAAGAGAUGUCAGAGGAUGACUUGCCUGGACCAGAGGACGGCACAGGGGGUGCUGCCAUGCGACGUGGGAAAAGAAAUGGGAAAAGAAACAGGAACUCUGAAGGAGAAGAUGGUGUAAGUGGUGGUGGUGGUGGUGGUAGAAAAAGUGGAAAAAGCAGACGACGCCGAGGGAAGAAAGAAGAUGGUGGUGACGGUGAGGAUGAUGGAGAAUAUUUGGAUGAAGACGAGGAAGAUGACGAGAAUUAUUCAGGGCCCCCUGCUGGAAAUACGGAGGGAGACAGUCUGCCUCUCAGCAGUAAACAAAAGAAAGAGGCAAAAGGAAGAGCCAAGAAGAAAAUUGAUGAGUUGGAACGCCUGACGGAAAUUGCCAAAAACAACUUCCGUCAGCUUGGUGGGAAGAUCCCAGAGGACAGGAAGGUUUUACAAAUGCAGAGGGAGUCCGAGAGGUUGGUGGAAGAACCAUUUGCUACCACUGUCUGUUUAACCAUCCAGGAGUUGCGUGAUCAGUUAGACUAUGAACGCAUUCGUCGUGAGAAACUUGAAGCGCAGUUAGAUGAGUACCGUCGUCAGAUUGCACGACUGCAGGCUGAGUUGGAAGCAUACCAACAGAAUGCAGAGGUGAGUUUUCAGUUANUCCCCCCUGGCGAGGCCCCAGGCAGUGAGGAAGAAGAGAUGUCAGAGGAUGACUUGCCUGGACCAGAGGACGGCACAGGGGGUGCUGCCAUGCGACGUGGGAAAAGAAAUGGGAAAAGAAACAGGAACUCUGAAGGAGAAGAUGGUGUAAGUGGUGGUGGUGGUGGUGGUAGAAAAAGUGGAAAGAGCAGACGACGCCGAGGGAAGAAAGAAGAUGGUGGUGACGGUGAGGAUGAUGGAGAAUAUUUGGAUGAAGACGAGGAAGAAGAUGACGAGAAUUAUUCAGGGCCCCCUGCUGGAAAUACGGAGGGAGACAGUCUGCCUCUCAGCAGUAAACAAAAGAAAGAGGCGAAAGGAAGAGCCAAGAAGAAAAUUGAUGAGUUGGAACGCCUGACGGAAAUUGCCAAAAACAACUUCCGUCAGCUUGGUGGGAAGAUCCCAGAGGACAGGAAGGUUUUACAAAUGCAGAGGGAGUCUGAGAGAACCAUCCAGGAGUUGCGUGAUCAGUUAGACUAUGAACGCAUUCGUCGUGAGAAACUUGAAGCGCAGUUAGAUGAGUACCGUCGUCAGAUUGCGCGACUGCAGGCUGAGUUGGAAGCAUACCAACAGAAUGCAGAGCGUAAGCUCCGUUCAGCAUACAGGCACUCGGCUCGCUCAGAAACUGAUGACUGUAGUGUGGUAAGUGAUCCUGAAUCUUACAAACCACAGAAGAAGAAGAGCCCCAAGAAGCGCAAGCCAAGGGAUGGAGGAGUUUUCAUUCGGAGAAAUGUGUCCCUCCCACGAAAAAACCCUCACUGUUAGUUGUCUUAGGUCCCCCAAUUAAGGAAGAAAACUGUUGUUGGUAAACAAGCAAAUUAUUCUAGCAUGUUUGAAAAUAUGAUGUUUCAACCAAACUUUUUGAUGAAAAGCAUGUUUGAUUGUCUUUAGAAGCAAUUUAAUUUUCUACCAUCAUCACACAAGAGACGAGAAAAAACUUAUAUAAAGAUAUGUCUAAAUGAUUCAUUGAACUUGAAAAAAAAAAACAUCUCAAGAUUGCUGAGUGACAAUGUUUUAAUGUAUCCAAUGUGUUAAGAACUUUUAUUAAUAUUCUCAUGAAGGUUUACAUAUAAUUGCUAUGUAAACACCUUGUUGUUGGCUUAGAUAAUGCAAAAACACAUGUAACUCCCUUUUUACUUUAUCAAAAAGCAUUGAUAAUAAAUCAGAGUAAAUGAUUUUUUAAAAAACUGUAUAUGUGAACAAUUCUUAAAAUAAAAAAGUUCACUGCUAUUUUAAGAAUAUAUUCAAAAAAGAAUUGACAUGAUAGCAUUCCACACUAAAAAAGCACUAUUACCUACUUAUAAGAAAAAAUCAAAAUGAGAGGAACAGUGAAAAAAACAAAAUGGGACAAUUUAGAUAAUUUAUAAAACAAAAGGUGCUGAGUAAGCAGAUUAGAUAGAUAGUAGUAAUAGUAGAUGAAUUUCAAACUUUCUUGUAAUACAAAAACAUUCCAUCAGAACUACUAACUCUAAGCAAAAAGAAGCAAAGAAUUUAUUUUUGGAAUACUGUUACAAUUGAUAAGCAGUAAAACCCAGCUAUAGUGUGAGUGUAUGGUAUAUAUAUUAGGUGUUUUGGCUUUGUGUGCAAUUGCAUGCAUUAUUAUAUACCUUUUGAACUGCUUUCUCCUUUAUAUUAAUUUCUUAGCUUUCAAGGCAGUCCUAAAUUUGGUAUCAAGAUCAGGUUGAGAAAGGCAAUGAUUUUCAGUCUGUAAUUGUAAGACUUCAGCAUCAGGUUCAAAAGAGUACAAAUUAGGCACAUUGCAUCAGAAUAUUUUUUACAUAUUUUUAUUCAAAUUUAUCUUGUGGGAUAUACAAAAGAUUGAAAACUAUGACAAACCAGUUUUUUUUCAAAAAUAAGCUAUAAACUAUUAAUGCAUUGAAGGCUUACUUUACUUUUUAGAAAUAUCAAUUUUACAUGUUAUUUUCUCUUUUCCGUCCCAUUUACAGAUGAAGUAAAGACUACUUUCAGCUUUAAAUGAUGUAUUUUAGCUCUGUAGUGACAGUGAGUUAUGUAAAACAAGUUGUUAAAGGCUGUUUAGUGUCAUUAUUUUUAUUAUUUUACUUAUUGUAUUCUUUUAUGCUGCUGCAGUUUUAUAAAUAAAUUGGCAAAGGUG